AUGACGGCGAUCUACAUCAAGAACCGCCUGCCUUCACCCAAGAUCGACCACAAGACUCCGUUCAAAAUCGUGUACAAGUCGAAACCAAGUGUCAAGCACAUGCGCGUGUUUGGAUGUCGGGCGUUUAUCCUGACACCAAGGGAGAAGCGAUUGAAGUGGGACCCGAAGGCUCGUGAAGGGAUGUUCAUGGGCUACGAAGAAGCGUCAAAAGCUUAUCAAGUGUACGACAUUGAAGCGGACCAAGUGGUGAUCAGUCGUGACAUCACAUUCGACGAAUCAACGCUUGGUUUCUCGCCGAGGCUACCACAAGCAAUUGUUGAUGACACUGCGCUGGAUAUCGAAUCGAUGAACAUCAGCGAUGAGCCUCACCCCAUGCAGUUCAAGCAAACUGGAAAACGCAAAAGCCGUUCAAACAGUCAAGAACAAGUUCUACAACGGACACUUCUUGAGCGUCGUGGAACCGGGUUAGAAGAAGCAAGUGCCCCGGAUGACUCUGAAUCGCACCAAGCGAAGUGA